AUGGCACUGCCAAGCUCUGCCAGUGCUGCCGGCACCCCCACCUCCCCUGGCAGUGGCCGGGGGGAGAGGAAAGGGGAGGGGGAGGGGGAGGGGCAGGCAGAUGCCCCCCCAAAAAUGUGCAAAGCUCAAGAAGAAAUGGGCCCAAAAAAGAAUCCACACCAGCCUCCCCUCUGGCUGACCAUUGGGCUGCCUAGGGAUGUGCUCACUGUUCUUGUGAGCAAGGUCUCCACAAGAAAGCCAGCAGGAGGUGGUUUCUUGCACAGAGUGCCAGCUACAUGGAUUAGGGGUGGACAGAAGAGGCCCGGCCGGUCUCUUGAAGACCAUUGGGCCACCAGAUUUGGGCAGGCCAGGCUGGGGAGAUUGGGAGGGGGCUGGAGGGGGGUUGGGAAGGAUGGAAGGGGGUGGAUGGCACAGUGGGAGGGUGGUGUCAUUGUUGAGAGGCUGGGGGUGUUAGGGGGUGAUCCCAGUGCCAGGGCUGGUGCAGGUUGGGCUGGGGUCAGAGGGAGGGGAGGGAGGGAGGAGAGGGAGGAGAGGUGGGAGGAGGUGGUGGUCAAAGGGAGAGGGUGA